AAAGGGAAGUUAAACACAAAACAUUAGCAUUCACGGGGCUAGGGCGUGUUAUUAUUUGAUGGGAUUCUUUAAAAGAGGUUAAGUUUGUUUAUAAUAGUACAGUCAUAUGGAUAGCUUUUGGCUCGUUAACAGAAUAAAACAGUUACAUCCUUCAGAGAUCAGAGCAAUGGCAUUAAGAUACAUAUGAUUGCAUCUCACAAAUUUAUAUGUGGUUUCAAUUUUACAGCAGAAGAAAAACAAGCUAAAGAUGGAAAACAAGCUUCACCAACCCCUCAGCUCAGUGUCUGGCGGUUAGCAAGCCCUUCUCUGCCUCCUGAGUUGAAAAAGAUUAAUGGGAUCAUGGAGGCUGAACAGGUCAACAGGCGUUUGCUUUUUCGAAGGAAGCGGUCCAUUCUGUUUCCCAGUGGAGUUAAGAUCUGCCCUGAUGAAUCUAUUGAACAGGCUAUUGCCAACCACCUGAAAUACUUCAGACUCAGAGUGUGUCAGGAAACAGUCUGGGAGGUCUUCAAGACAUUCUGGGAUAGACUGCCAGAGCGUGAAGAGUAUCACACCUGGAUGAGCCUCUGUGAGGAAGGAACAAUGAGCAUCUUUGAAAUGGGCAGGAACUUCAGUCAAUCUGAGGAGCACCGAAGUCUGAUUGUGAAGAAACUGUCCUAUACAAAGGAAGCAAUGGCUGGCUCCUGCACUGAUUGGUCAUGUGGUGGGACUCCAACUCCAGCUUCGGAUGCUGAUGUUACCACACUGAGAGAUGCAGCUGCCAAUGUUCCGCCCCCUCAUGAGGUCUCCGUUGAGAGUCCUGCAGGUGGUACCAUCCAUGAAACUGAAGAUGCAGACACAACUAUCAAUAAUGAGAUAAAGAAGGAGGAUGAGAAUCUCAUGAGACCUGUAACCGAGCAGAUGAUUGAGUUCAGCAUUGUGAUCGUUGGAGAAAAGUACAGCGAGGAGCUGAGUGACCCAGACACUGUGAAGCAUCAGCUGCUCUCUGAACAAUUUGUUUCUCAGAUCCAAAAGGUAUUUGAAGGAGUACCUGGAUACAAAAACAUCCAUGUCCUGGAAUUCAGUGGGGUGGAAGUGCACUAUGCUGUUACUUUUGAUGGAGAAGCCAUCAGCAAUGCCACCUGGGACCUGAUUAACCUUCAUUCCAACAAGGUGGAGGACAACUCCUUUAUGGACAUAGAGGAUAAUCCAACAGUUGUUUACACCAUCAGCGAUUUCCAAUAUUAUAUUGCUGAAAUUCUCCAGAAAAAUGCCUUGCUUGAAAACACUUCCUUGAUUUUAGACCCAAGCUCUCUCCAACUUACUAAUGUGAAAGAAAUACUACACCCUACCCAAGAAGAUCCAGCCUGGAUUACUGAGCACCCAGUUGUGUUGGAGCGUGUGGAGUUUGAUGAUAACACCUUUUUAGCUGAACGGCCUUCAGCAGAUGAAUCAACUGUCAGCAAUACCUUGCCCUUAGAUUCCACCAAACCAGAUUCCACUUCAGAUAGUGAAGAGUCCAAUGACAAUGAAAUCCACCGAAGACCAGCAAAUCAGGACUCUGAGGUCAGUUGGACACCUGAAGCUCCACUUUCCUCAGAAGUUGAUGUCACUUCUUCGCCUGAUGGGCUGAAUUUAGAAGGUGGGAAUCAGACUCCUCCUUUGGUCACCACACCAGUGUUAGAGCGUGACUCCCUGGAAUGGCUGUCAGCCCCUGAUUCUUCAGAUGGGUUUGAAGAUACUGGACUAUCUGAAGACUUUAUUCUGCCUUCGAGUCCCCCUUCUCACCUUGUGCCUGAAGAACCUCCAUCCACAGAUGAUUACAUAGUUCCCCUGUUUUCUGCAUCAACAGUGGCCUCCUCGGCAGUCAUAGAGACUGAUACUAAAGCAACAGCCUCUGCUGAGAUGGAAGAAGUAACUCAGGGUAGUCCUGCAGACAGUAGCAAUGCAGGCUCUGUGUUGCAUGAGUCUGUGGAAGGAAGUCCUUUUCCCUUAGAAUUACACCCUGUGGAAGCUGAAACUGAUAUUUAUCUCGGAGAUAGAAUUACAUAUGAUGAUGGGUCUGGUUCAGCUUUUGAUGGUUCAGGAAAAGAAAUGGAGUCAAGUAUUUGGCCUUGGGAAGAAGCAACGCUGGAACCUGUUUUCUACCCUGGUCCUGAUAGCUGGCUUGAUGAUGAUAAUGAAUCUUUGUUAAUCAGAACCGAGGAUAUUCCUGAAGGCCUGAUCUUAGAUUAUAUUCUUAACUCUAGGAAUAAACUAGAUGAUGAUCCUUCCAAAGAUGAAAAUCAAGGUAUGGCCGAUAUAGAAGAAAAUUUUCUCGAUGAGUCUGAAAUAUUUGUCUUUCCAGAGACUACAACUCAGCAGGUAUCUCUGCUACAGACAGAGGAGCCAUUGCCUGUGGAGCCAUCUACACAGACAGAAACAUCGAGCAUGUAUGAUUCUUCUUUUGUUAAACCACCCUUCGUUUUGGAGCCGUCAGAAGACUAUUAUUCUGUAGACACGUCAACUGGAGAAGCCCCUGUCUCAACACACAAUACAGAUCUGUCUGUUGAAGAUAAUAGUCUCCUUACAUCUACAGUAACCCUCGCUAUGGACAGUAGCCUUACAUCUACAGUAACCCUCAGUGUGGACAAUAGUCUUACAUCUACAUUAACCCUCAGGACAGACAAUAAUCUUACAUCUACCGUAACCCUCAGUACGGACAAUAGUCUUACAUCUACCAUAACUAUCAGUGUAGAGCAACCUGAAGAGUCCAGUGCAGGUCAAGAGAUCGUUUCUGAAGCAGUUGAACACCAGAUUGAAAACAGGCCACUGGCAGAAGAAGUGUUCACAGCAGGACAGUCAGAUGUGGCUGAAGCUGCUACGAUAGGCUACUUGGACACAAGCAGUUCAGAAACUGUUCUGACUGCAGAUCCUUUCGUGGUAAACAGUAAUACUUCCACAGAAGAGCAGCAAGCCCUGGAUACAUCUUUGGCAGGCCAAAACACUGGCUCGGCAAUAAAGAAACCAGCUGAUGUUUUGCCUACUGACAGAGUGCUAGAAAAUAUAUUAGAUCAGACAGUAGAAUCAGCAACAGCAACUGCAGUUGAAGCUGCAACUACGGUUCCUUCUGUAAUAGAACAGGCCACUGUUCUAGAGGGCGUUGCUGGACAGGGUGGUACAGACCACAGCAUGCUUGUUUCCACGAGCAUCAGCACUGUUAAGAACUCUUACGUAACUGUGAAUGUAACAGCAAACGUUGCUGAGCUUCCAUCCCGUCUCCCUCCGAUGGGAUCCACAGCGUCACCAUUGGUGGUUACCUCAGCAAAGGUGGGAGAUGAAACAGCCAGGGUCCUGGAUGUGUCAGUGGGGCUGGAUCACGUGAGCGUUGUCAGCUUUUCUCCUGUGCCGAGUGAGGAGGGAAGAAGCCUGACCGACAGUCACGUGGAGCUGACCACCCAUGCCCAAUCCACAGAGAUGGCCAGCGUGGCGUGGGCCACGCGUGAGAACCACAACAGCACUCCUGUCCCAUCACGAGCUCUGGUCGUGUUUUUUAGUCUUCGGGUUACCAACAUGAUGUUUUCAGAGGACCUGUUCAACAAAAAUUCCCCUGAAUAUAAAGCAUUAGAGCAACGAUUCUUAGAACUGCUGGUUCCGUAUCUUCAGUCAAACCUGACGGGCUUCCAGAAUCUGGAAAUCCUGAACUUCAGAAAUGGCAGCAUUGUGGUGAACAGUCGAAUGAAAUUUGCCAAACCCGUGCCUCGGAAUGUCACCAAUGCUGUGUACAUGAUCCUGGAAGACUUCUGCAACACUGCGUAUCACACCAUGAACCUGGCCAUUGAUAAAUAUUCCCUGGAUGUGGAAUCAGGUGAGCAAGCAGACCCCUGUAAAUUCCAGGCCUGCAAUGAGUUCUCCGAGUGCUUGGUGAAUCGCUGGAGUGGGGAGGCUGAGUGUGUCUGCAAUCCCGGCUACCUGAGCAUCGAUGGGCUGCCGUGCAACAGCAUUUGUGAUCUGCAGCCAAACUUCUGCCUGAACGAUGGCAAGUGCGACAUCAGCCCCGGGCAAGGCGCCAUUUGCAGGUGUCGUGUAGGAGAGAACUGGUGGUACAGAGGGGAGCACUGUGAGGAGUACGUGUCUGAACCACUGGUUGUGGGUAUCGCCAUUGCUUCUGUGGCAGGGUUCCUUCUUGUGGCAUCUGCUGUCAUCUUCUUCUUGGCCAGGACCCUUCGAGACCAAUACACGAAGAGCGACACCGAGGACUCUCAGGGGCAGGGUGACAGCCUCUCGUCCAUUGAGAAUGCAGUUAAGUACAACCCUAUGUAUGAAAGUGAUACAACUGGCUACAGCCACUACUACCGCAGAUACCCUCAGCUAACAUCCUACAGUUCAACCAGCGCAGAGACAUCCACCGACUACAGCAGUGAAGAGAUAAGGCACAUUUAUGAAAACAGUGAGCUUACUAAGGAGGAAAUUCAGGACAGAAUUCGAAUUAUAGAGCUCUACGCUAAAGACCGUCAGUUUGCAGAGUUUGUUCGGCAGCAUCAAAUGAAGCUGCUUUAAGGAAAAAAAAAAAAAAAAAGAAUCAGUAGAAAGCAUGUGGGAGAUAAAGACUACCUUGUUGCCAUAGCAAUGGGCUCAGAUGUAACUGCAAAGUUACUUAUAGUCUUAACAUUGCAUGGAUGGAUACAGAUGUUUUCUAAAUGAAUGGCUGAAAUGUACAGAUGUCUGUUUAUCUCAAUUACCUCUGGCUUUUCUGCGUAAAGUGACAUUUUUAAGAGGUGAUCCGAAGUGGCAGAGGUUAUGAAAGUUCAUUUUUCGUUAACUCUGAAAUGGACAGUGAGAGUUUGUAUACCAAUGCAAAAAAAAAAAAAAAAACCACCAAAAAACU